AUGUUCCACGUAUACAGAACAUUUUGGCAUCUCAUUCUCACAUUCCAUGUACCUGCCUCCUGUACCGAUGUUAAUCUUCUUAGCUCAAGUCCAAGUGGCAUCCUUGUACCUGGAGAUCUUCUGAUAGGAGCUGUGAUUCCCAUCCACAUUGACAAACUUUAUCCAACAGUCACCUUCCAAGAGAGGCCACCCACAGAUAUCUGCACAAUGUUCCGUUUUGAAAACUACCAGCAGUUCCAGGCCUUAAGGUAUGCAGUAGAAGAGAUCAACAGAAGCCCUUAUCUUCUCCCCAACAGGACCCUUGGUUACUAUGUCUACGACUCUUGUGCUGCUCUGCAAAGUGAGUUGGAGGGGACACUAUGGAUGCUCACUGGUCAGAGUCCGGCAAUCCUUAAUUAUUGCUGCAGAGAAACCCCACCUCUUGCUGCUAUCAUUGGUCAUUCACUAUCCACGUAUUCCAUCCUAAUGGCUCAUAUUCUGGGAGAGUAUAGAUUCCCACAGGUCAGCUACUUUUCAACCAGUUCUCUCUUAAGCGACCGAAACCAGUUCCCCUCCUUCUUUAGAACUGUCCCAAGUGAUGUUUUUCAAUCCAGAGGGCUUGCACAGUUGGUGUUACACUUUAAAUGGACAUGGGUUGGUCUGAUAGCUCCUGAUGAUGAUUAUGGCCAUGAAGGCACAGAGGUGCUCAGACAGGAGAUAAUCAAAGAAGGAGUUUGUGUAGCCUAUACAGAAUAUAUCUCAAGCAACUUCAUCUUUGAAAACAUACGGAAUAUUGCAAACAUCAUAAUGGAAUCAAGUGCCACGGUGGUGGUGGCCUUCUCCACUGAUAUCUACUUAAUCCCUGUUCUGGAAGAGAUGCUAAAGAGAAAUGUAACUGGAAAAAUCUUCAUUUCCAGUGAAGGCUGGUCAACUUCUAAUGUUUUAUCUGUUGAAAAAUAUUCUCCCAUUCUAUCCGGCAGUAUUGGCAUUGCUUUUCAUAGUUCAAAAAUUCAAGGGUUUCAUGAAUUUCUCAACAGCAUCCGCCCUUUCAACUCUCCGGGUAUUACAUGGUCCAAACUGUUUUGGGAAGAAGCAUUUGGGUGCAGGUUUUUUGACCAAACAAACAUCAGUGAUUUGCUGAACGAUCAAGAAAAUUCAUGCACAGGAGAGGAGAAUUUAGAAAAUGUGCAAAACAGCUUUAGUGAUGUGUCAAAUUUAAGAGCUUCCUAUAACAUUUAUACCGCAGUGUAUGUCAUAGCAAAAGCUCUGGAUGACCUCAGUCUUUGCCAACGUUUGGAUGGGCCACUCCCUGGAAGGGAAUGUUCAGAUUUAGACAAUUUUGAACCAUGGCAGCUAUUGUAUUACAUUAAUAAAGUGCAGUUAAAUCUGAGCAACGCUAGAGAAGUUUUCUUUGAUAAGGAUGGGAACCCACCAGCUAUUUAUGAUAUAGUGAACUGGCAGCCUGGAUCAGAUGGCACCAUGAAGCAAGUGAAAGUGGGAAGCUAUGACAGCCGGAAUUCUUCUGGAGAUGUAUUUGGCAUUAAAACAACUACAAUAUGGUGGGGCACCGAGACUCAGGAGGUUCCCUUGUCAGUUUGCAGCCAGAGUUGCCCAGAGGGGUUCAGGAAGGCGACUAAAAGAGGGGAGCCUGUGUGCUGCUUUGAGUGUGUCCCCUGUGACCAAGGAGAGAUCUCCAAUCAGACAAAUUCCGUUGACUGCUGGAAAUGUCCCUGGGACAUGUGGCCCAACAGCAAAAGAAACAGAUGUUUUCCAAAACCCAUUGAGUUCCUUUCUUUUGAAGACCCACUCGGGAUCAUCUUGACAUCUACUAGUGUUGUCUCUUGUUUGAUCCCAAUUUCAAUAUUUAAUCUUUUUAUUCAGUAUAAAUCCACACCAAUUGUGAGAGCCAAUAACUAUUAUGUGAGUUGCAUUCUUUUAGUAUCUCUGUCUUUGUGUUUCCUCUGUGCUUUGGCUUUCAUUGGUGACAUCCAACAUGAGAAGUGUCUCCUGCGUCAGGCUGCCUUUGGCCUCAUCUUUGCCCUCUGUGUAUCCUGCAUUUUGGCCAAAACUAUUAUUGUUGUUUUUGCCUUCAUGGCCACUAAACCUGGGAGUGGCCUUAAAAAAUGGACAACUCCACAUGUGCCCUACAUGAUCAUUGUCAUUUGCACCUUUGUACAAUUCCUCUUGUGUGUUAUUUGGUUGUCUGUCUCUCCCCCUUUCCCACAAUACAAUAUUGAAGCCAAACCUGGAAUCAUUGUUGUAGAGUGCAAUGAAAAUUCUCCAUUUGCCUUCUGGUGCAUGCUGGGAUAUCUUGGAUUUUUAGCCUCUGUCAGUUUCACUGUAGCUUUCCUGGCCAGGAGGCUCCCUGACAGCUAUAAUGAAGCUAAAUUUAUAACGUUUAGCAUGCUGGCCUUCCUCAGUGUCUGGGUUUCUUUUAUUCCGGCUUCACUCAGUGCCCAGGGCAAGUAUACAGUUUCCAUGGAGAUCUUUGCAAUUUUGACUUCCAGCUGGGCCCUUGUAGCCUGCAUGUUCCUUCCAAAAUGUUUCAUUAUAUUGUUCAAACCAGACAUGAACUCCAAAGAAAAACUCAUGGGGAAAGACAGAAAUAGAAAUAUGUAA